AAAGAGCAGUAAUUUAAGAAAACUUGGGUUGCAAUAUUGGUUCCUCCACUCACUUCCCUUCGGUAAAAAACAACAAACCAACAAAAAUAAUAACAUUUAUCUUAAGUGUUGUGCAGUAAUUUUGAGUAAUAAAUGCAGUAACUUAGGUAAAGUGCCUGGUCCAUGGCAUCAUUCAAUAAAUUCGUUUUCCCUCCUCGUUUUCCCCUGGGCCAGCAGGCUGCAGGCCGGGCCGCUAGACCACGAUCCUCCCAGGUCCAGACCGAGCGGUGCCAGGAAACUGACUGUCGGCUUGCGGUUCCUCGUCUCUCCGUAGGUCGAACCUGGGCUUCGCCGCAAGGGGGCGAUCUAGGCUGCUCCUCGGCACUCUAUGGUUCUCCCUCGCCCCGGAAGUGGUUUCCGGCUGGGGUUGGUAAGGUCGGGCCAUGGUGGGGCAGAGGUUGGGAAGAUGGCGUGGCGAGGCUGGGCGCAGAGAGGCUGGGGCUGUGGACAAGCGUGGACUCCGCCAGCAGGCGGCCGCAGCUACGAAGAGCUCACUGCGGCCCUGGCCCCGUCGCGGCUGCUCCGGCGUAGGUUUAACUUUUUUAUUCAGCAAAAAUGUGGAUUCAGAAAAGCACCCAGGAAGGUUGAACCACGAAGAUCAGACACAAGUAGUGAAGCAUACAAGAGAAGUGCUUUGAUUCCUCCUGUAGAAGAAACAGCCUUUUACCCUUCUCCCUAUCCUAUAAGGACUCUUGUAAAGCCUUUGUUUUUUACUGUUGGGUUUACAGGCUGUGCAUUUGGAUCAGCUGCUAUUUGGCAAUAUGAAUCACUGAAAUCCAGGGUCCAAAGUUAUUUUGAUGGUAUAAAAGCUGAUUGGUUGGAUAGCAUAAGACCACAGAAGGAAGGAGACUUCAGAAAGGAGAUUAACAAGUGGUGGAAUAACCUAAGUGAUGGCCAGCGGACUGUGACAGGUAUCAUAGCUGCAAAUGUUUUUGUAUUUUGUUUGUGGAGAGUACCUUCUCUGCAGCGGACAAUGAUCAGAUACUUCACAUCCAAUCCAGCCUCAAAGGUCCUUUGUUCUCCAAUGUUGCUGUCAACGUUCAGUCAUUUCUCCUUGUUUCACAUGGCAGCCAAUAUGUAUGUCUUGUGGAGCUUCUCCUCCAGCAUAGUGAACAUUCUGGGUCAGGAGCAGUUCAUGGCAGUAUACUUAUCUGCAGGUGUUAUUUCCAAUUUUGUCAGUUAUGUGUGUAAAGUUGCCACAGGAAGAUAUGGACCAUCACUUGGUGCAAUGGUAUAUUACUUACGGUCAUGAACUCAUUUGGAAGAACAGGGAGCCUCUAGUGAAAAUUUGGCAUGAAAUGAGGACUAACAGCCCCAAAAAAGGAGGUGGCCCUAAGUAACUGGGGCUGGACAAUACUGGCGCGUCUGGUCUGUGCUGCCUGAAGGCUCAGGAAUGCGGCGGCCCUGGAGUGACCACAUCUUUGCUCCUGCCUGGAAGAUACUCAGCAUCUAGCUUUCCCAGUAUUUUAAACUGUCCCCAGAACAUGUCUCAUUAGAAAGUGAAUUAUGACAAAGUUGUGAAAUAAAGGUUUAUAUCUCUAUAGUUUGUAAA